CUGAGUCAUCCUCACCGACUGCGGGUUCUGCGGCAGCGGUACUAGGGCGUGGUUGAGCCGAAAUGGCUACGGACUGAGUUGAUGCACCUAUUCCAAGAGGGAACCUGUGAAGUACGUGGGCCCAGAGCGAACGUCCCUUUGGGCGCGCCAUGGGAAGCUCGCUGCCAUGCAAGCUCCUUUGCGACAAGGCCCUCAUCAUCGCGGCGCCGCCCUCCUUGUGCGUGAAGGCCGAAGAGGAAGUGCUACCAGGCCCGGUGCGCCAUAAGGCGCGCCAGAAGGCGCCCCAUGCCACCGUGGAUCCGGAGCACUUUCUAGGUCCACACGUGAGGCCUUUUGAGGGGCACCACACAGGGCAGCUCUCGGAGCCUGAGGACCCGCUCGUCGCGGCGCUCCGGCACGGCGACCUGGACGGGGUGAAGACCUGCCUGGGCGGCGACGCUUCGCGCGGCGCGAACCGGAGGAGUUCCCGGCAGCAAACCCCACUGAUGCUGGCCGCGUCGGCCGCACUGCCCGGCGACGACCACGUGCGGGAACUCUGCGAGCUGCUUCUGGACGCGCAGGCGGAGGUGGAGGCCAUCGACGAGAAGGGCUGGACACCGCUAAUGCACGCGUGCAGCAGCAACAAUGUCAGCACGGUGGAGUUGUUGUUGGAACGGGGCGCUUCCAUUCACCGCUGUGACUACGAGGGGAGGAGCUGUUUGAUGUUGGCCUUCAUCGGCAGCGAGGACUUGAAGCUCCUCAAGUCUUUGGUGGAGCUGAAGGCCUCGGUGGAGUCGCGGGAUGCGAAGGGCUGGUCUUUGCUCUUCUACGCCUGCGAACAGCAAAACCUACACGUGAUCAGGUGGCUUUGCAACAAGUUCCAGGCCGACCUGGAGACAAGGGCCUUGGAUGGGUUGACUCCUGCGGACAUCUUGAAAAGGCAAGGGUUGGGCCAAGCGCAUCGCUGGCUGGGUGCAAGAAGGCGUCCAGAGAUGGAGUAUUUGCUCAUUGAUUUGGGUUUGAUGAACGAAGAUGGACACCCCCUCCCGCUCGAGUCCGAGCCAAACGUGGGAAGCCGACGGCGCUCCUCAAAGAGUCAGAAAGGCGAGAGCGGCGAGAGCCGCAGAUCCUCCAAGGUCUCUGUCGGGAGCGACCCAAGACACGGUGAGAGCCGAAGAUCUUCGAAAGUCUCCAUUGGGAGCGACCCAAAACAUCACGGUCAGCACCGAAGAAUGUCCAAGGGCUCCGAUGCGAGCCAUCCCUCCUCGCGGCGCUCCAGCAAAGGAGCCUUCGCACCCGAACACCUCGAGGAGACGGACUGCACCGCCGUGGUCACGGUGCAUGUGGCGGCAGAUGGUCGGCAGACUCGGGACGUGUUCAUCCCAGAGCCCGCAAAGCCCAAUGUGGCAGGGCUUCAUGAUGAAGAGGCGUGCCAGACACCUGAACGUCGGUGGACUGCCGCCCGACUGCCGUGGCUGCCCGCGGACUGCUGCGGUCACGCCCGGUCGAGGAGGUGAUGAACCGCCUCAUGGGCGUUGGCCACGCCUUGGCGUGACCGAGGCAUGACCGAGGAAGGUGGAGCUUUGAAUGGUGAAGCGAAGGGUUGAGCCACAAGUGCUGAUCCGCGGGAGGGCAUGUCUCAACAGAAACGCGUGCGCGCA